AUGGCUGACAAGAGGUACAUGCAGGUGUUUCAGAGCAGCUACUGCGUCACUCGACGAGAGCUGGGCUCUGGUGCUUAUGGAAGGGUUCAAAUGGCCUACCAGAUUGCUACCGGACAGCAGAUUGCCUGCAAAAUAGUUGACAUCAAAAGCUCCAAGGCCAAGUGCGAGCUCGAGCUGCAGCAAGAACUCAAGCAGACAGAGCUUGGCCCUCCUGCACAACGAAUCGCUAUGUACAAACUGAAGAGCAUCGACGAAAAUCUUGAGAAGUACUAUCGUGAAGCUCAACUUCUCGAGACCCUUUACAUCUUCAGUGAACUGGUGACUGCUGGCGACCUCGUUUCGUUCCUGCGCUACAGGGGAGGGACCAUCGAGGAGCGGGAGGCGGCAUUUAUCACUCGCCAGGUUCUGCUCGCCAUUGAAUACCUACACGACAGAGAUAUCGUGCACAGAGAUAUCAAGCCAGACAACAUCUUGAUUACCUCACUGGGACAAUGUGGUCGAGUUGUGUUGACGGACUUUGGAUGCGCCAGAAGAGUGCCUCAGCCUAUCGAGCGGAUGCAAACCAUCACUGGCACAUACGAAUACUGCGCUCCUGAGGUGAAUUCGGCCAACACCGCCGGAUACAGCAAGUCCAUAGAUCUGUAUUCACUAGGCUGUGUGACUGCGACAUUGUUGAUGGGUUUCCUGCCUACUCGUGAAUCCCACAGACCAUUCGACCACAAUGGAGACGAGCAGAAAGGGCUGACCAAGGAGCUGAGUCAAAAUGGAAUCGUUGGAUAUCCCCAACAAUUCAUUAAGGAAUUGCUCGUUCUCGACGAGCAACAGCGCUUGAACGUGAAGCAGGCUCUGCGUCACAAGUGGUUCGAGUUCCUCCCCGGAAGAGAUGAGCUGGAGCGUCGUUACCAGGUAGCUGUUGACCAAUGGGCUCCGCGGCCUCGUUCUGAUCCUUCGAUUGUUACACUUGCCGACCUUGAAGCUUUUCAGAAUUCCGCUGGUCAGACUUACACACUCUACACUAAGCCCGGCGAGAGACUCCAAGACUAUAAAUUUUUUGAGAUUGAUGCCUGCAUCUCUCACUUGUCUAUCACUGGACGCUCAUCUCAAGUCACGAGCGCCCUCAGUCGAGUGGCCCCCUCUCAUCAGCAGGAAGAUGUCCUUUCCGUACAAGGGGGGCAUCAUGCUUGUCGUCGAGUCUGGUCUCCACCGAGUGCCUCGAGCAGCCUGUUCUCAUCUCGCCACGGGGAAAAUGACCAUGCAGAACUGAUCCACCGUACCGAAAAGGUCCCCGGGUACCUCAAUGCCCACAAGAACCAAGCCAUAGAACGCUCACUGAGUCAGCCCUGCAGUGUUGCAGAGGUGAACAAGGAAAAGUUCCAGUUCGUGAACCAGAUUGGCUGUAUGGGGCCAGGGCAGUUAUUUCACAAUUUUGUUACCCAACCUGAAUCCCAUCGACGAGAUGGGGAUCUCCUCGGUCUUUCCGAGCGACUCACUCGGAAACCGCGAUUCCCCUCGAAUGACAGUCUGUUCUACAUGGAAAUGGAAGGCGAGCCAGUGCACCGCUCUGCAACCCCUGAAGGUGCAGCAUCGAUGCGCAACCCCAAAAUUCUGACGGCCGUCGAAAGACAACGGUUCCCUCAAAGCGAUGCCUUUUCCUCCAAAGUGGAAGCAGGCUUCUCUCGCUCGCCCGCGCCUCCUCGCACUGCCGAUAUCCUUCGAUAUCCAGACGACAAUGCCUCGUUCUUCGCCAUGGGAGCUGACCAGCCGCGUCACUCUGCACCCGCGAUCACCAGUGCCAUGAAGGAUGGCUCACUUUUCCGCUCGGAUGCAGGGCUGGCGUAUCGCCCUGAACCCACGAGCCACAUCACCCGCGGCAAACAGCAACCCAACAAACCAUACACUCGCCAGCGAGCUGCAGAGGCCAGAAAUGCCGAGAAAAGAGUUGCCGAAGAUGGGGCCGCAGAUAAACGGGAGUCGCACAGAUACAGCAAGCGCAAGCGUCGUUCAUUUAGCGUUAAUGAGGAUGAUUUGCGGUAG